UAUUACAUUAUUGCUUGGACAAUUGUUCACAUUUAUUUUAACCUGACAAUGUAUUUGCAUUGUAUCAAAAAUUCUUUUCAAUUUAAACAUUUUGUAUUAGAUUAUUGAGUAGAUGAAUAAGACGCAGCUAUUUUAAAGAUAAGUUCAUAUAUAUAUAUAGCUUUUGAGGCAAAUAUGUUUUAGUUUGAUGUCAGGCAUCUGGUGACAAUAGGGCCAUUUUAACAUUUUCUAUGUCCCUCGAGUUUAAAAGAGCGCAGGAAUUUUGGCAUGAACAAGCCCAAUUCGAAGCUCAGAAAAAUUUUGAAUUAAUUCAUCAACAUGGAAAAGGCCCAAGCAAUAUUUUUAUUUUGGACACAUCUUCAAGUCUUGGGAAGGAGGGGUUCGAUCAAUUAAAAGAAGUAUUUUGUACAAUUAUUGAUGAGUAUGCAAACCAUCCAGACUUUGACGAAAAUGUAGCAGUUAUAAUAUGUGGAAGAAACACUAAAUUCCAGCGUUAUUACUCAAACCAGUACUCCGACAUGAAACAUUGCCUAGAUGACGUCGAAUAUGGUGGACCAAGCCCGCUAACCGCGGCAUUUAUUCUAUCUACAGGAUGCUUACUACAUGUACAUGGAAAUGGGUAUACACGAAGGUUUGGGGAAUUUCACGUUCGUCCGAGAAUAAUUCUCAUUUCGGAUGGAAAACCCACAGAUUUUACGGCCAUCAAUAACAUUGAUAUUGAUGAUUCCCCAGUAUUUGAAUCUGUAGAGGACAAAAACCAUUUGCUGCAGUUUACAAAAAAUGUUGGAAAUUUUCAUCCUAUCUUCUGCAUACCUGUUGGACGAAACCCCGACCUGAUAUUACUGGAAUUUUUGAGUGCCCAGUCAAGGGGAGGAAAGCUUGUUUAUCACCAUGAGGCCAGACAGUUUGCAAAAUAUACGGCAAAUAUGGAGGAUAUAUUUGAAAUUUGCUCCAAGAAGACGUUAUAUAAUUCGGAGGAUUCUGUGAAGGCAGAAGUUGUCGAUGAAAUGGAUGAUGUAUUUCAAGAGAGAGACCCACGAAUGCCUCCUUUAGGGUCACGGGUCAAACGAGGACGAGACUGGAAGUGGAAUUAUCAGGAUAGCAAUGGUCCUGGUACAGUAAUAGGACAUAUGAAGGAAGGUGGGUGGUUAAACGUAAAGUGGGAUACUGGUGAGACAUAUGGCUACAGAUAUGGAUCUACCCUAGAGGAAAGGGAUAAAUACGAUGUUCAAGUCUGUAACGAACCUAGAAUUUUAGAAAAUGAGACUAUGGCAACGGGGUGUCUGGUCAAAAGAGGUCCUGACUGGAAAUGGGGAGAUCAGGACGGCGGUACUGGAAGUAUUGGAUCCGUUUACAGAGUGAAACGAAAUGGAACUGUCUUUGUGCGAUGGCCAAACGGCCUAACGACAGAAAACAGGUUUGGACAUAAUGGAAAAUAUGAUCUACAGAUAUGCGAUCCAUUCUCAACGGAAUCAAUUGAGUAUCUCCAAGAUCAAAUCAGGAAGGCAGCUCUUAAUUGCCCAGUUAAUGAUCCAUUUGUGGACCUUUCUGAAAGUUCGCCUUUUAAAGUGAGUGAAUCUGGGAAUGAUUUUGACCAUGAGACUAGAAAAAGUUACGAAAAACCUACAGCUAGUAUACCUGUCUUGAAAAUUUCUAAGGGAAAGUAUUUCAAAAACGACAAAGUUGAGGACGAAUCGUCCGAUAUAGAGAUUGAUGGGUUAUCAAAUUCAACGGUUUUUACUGCGGUAGAUCAGUGGUUGUGGAAAGAUGAACAAGGCCAUUGGAAUCCAUAUCCAAGAAAAAUGAACGAUAAAAUAAACAAAUGUUACAAACGAAAUCCUAAUUCCACUGUCAUUGUUUCAAUGAAAGAAAACACGUACAGAGUAGUAAUGAUCAAAGGUGUACAAAUAAACUUGACGACAAGAGAAGUGUUCGAUGUGAAAAGUGUGAAAAAUACCAAAUGAUCUUGAUAAAAUGCAUUUUCAUAAUCUGAACAGUUAUUUCUAUGCGCAUUAUUUUGAUUUAAAAAACAAUGUGUGUGUAGCAAUACAUUCAUCGUUAGCAUGGUAGGACCUAUCUGAAGGAAAAUAUACAGAAAUCCUAAAGAAAUAAAGUAAUUAACUGCCUUUCAUUUAUUUUUCCAAAUUAGAUAACUGUUA